CAAAAUACAUGAUACAGAACAUAUUCAAAUAUACCCCCCUCCUAAAACGAUAGUUAUUUUUUAUGUACCUUGAAAAAUAGUCCGAAACAUUAUAAAUUUGGUUGAAACUCAACACCAGCGCUUUUAGUGUAAAGGACCAGCAAGAGCCGGUUUCCUUUGCGCUGUACUGAGCUCAUAGCUGUGACGCGCCAAAUUUGUUUAGCUUCCGGUGUCUGGUCCAUGCUGAAUAUUGUCAACAAACUGCUGAUGGAAAUGAGCAUAUUUACUUGAUCUUCAGGUCGUAUGUUAAGCGGGUUUCUGUGAAGUGAUCAAGUACCAGGACAAAGAUGGCUGAACGUCCAGAGGACCUCAACCUCCCAAAUGCGGUCGUAACCAGAAUCAUCAAAGAUGCAAUCCCUGAUGGUGUGAAUGUUGGCAAGGAGGCGAGGCUUGCCAUCUCCAAGGCUGCUAGUGUGUUUGUGCUCUACGCCACGUCAUGCUCCAAUAACUUCUCAAUGAAGGCGAAGAGGAAGACGAUCUCGGCGCAGGACGUGGUCGACGCCAUGGAGGAGAUGGAGUUUGAGCAGUUUGUCAACCCCCUACAGCAGUGUCUUGAUGCAUUCCGGAAUGAACAGAAAGGAAAGAAAGAAGCUUCAGAAAGAAGGAAGAAGGAGCGAGAACAGAAUGCAUCCUUGGAGGAAGACAAGAAUGGAGACACUACUAUGGAGGAAGAUGGUGCCGAGGUCAUCACCAUCAACGGCGAUGAGGAAGAGGAAGAGGAGGAGGGAGAGGAAGGGGGAGAAGAGGAGGAGGAACCAGAGGAAGGGGACGAUGAUGAUGUGCAGGAAAUAGUUGAUGAUGCAUGAAAGUAGGUCAAGGCUAGGUCAUCUCAUCAACAAGGUCAAGGCUAUGUCACCUGAAAUUUUGCUGUAUGUAAUAAAACAAGUGUUUUGUGACUGAUAAUAUGAAAAGAUAUUUCGAAGGUAUUAUAUUAAAUUAUAAUGUUGCAGUAAAUAGCAGAAAUAGAUUACACUUACAUUCAAACAUCUUGUGUUGAACUUUUUGUCCAACUUAACAUUGUCUCUAAGUUGUGGUCUCAAAGUUGAAGUAUGUACGUAAGUACCUUCACCUGCGACACAAUAGUGUUUGAUUAUUUUGGUAAAUGGACGUUACCCUGGGAUGAGGUGAUGAAGCAGAUGUCUGGACAUUGCUUUGACUGACAAUUUGUAUAUAUUCAUCUGUAAAUAAACAUAAUAGUCUUGUCACAA